ACUAGAGCAGAUUACUUCUCUUCCAUAUACACAGUCACACAAUCUCCGGUUGACAUGGCUGAUGACAUUGUUUUAGUUGCUGCUGUCUCCCUUCUCUCUGCUUGUCAGAAUGGAUAUUAUGCCCGGCUGGUGGGAAGGUCCAGAAUGAAACAUAAAAUAAUGCCCCCUGCUAUCAGUGGGCAUCCAGAAUUUGAAAGAACAUUCCGUGCACAGCAGAACUGUGUAGAGUUCUAUCCAAUAUUUCUGGUUGUGUUGUGGACUGCCGGGUUAUUCUUUAAUCAAGAAGCUGCAGCAGUUUUUGGAUCACUAUAUAUAUUUGCAAGACACUUUUACUUUAAAGGCUACGUGGACUCUGCCAAGGGCAGGAUCCCUGGAUUUUAUCUGAGUUUGCUGUCACUAUUCCUGUUACUUGUCUUGGCUGCCAUUGGGAUCUCAAACAGUUUGCUAAAAAAUUAUUUUGAUUUGAACAUUUUUAAGAAAAUUCGUCAUAUGUUCUAAUGUGGAAAAAAAGUUGUUUAUAAAAGUGUAUGAAUAAUUUUCACAUCUCUGUUUUAAAUGUCCUAUUAAAUUCCUUUUACAACUGCAAUUAAUUUAUUAAGUAAAAGUGAUGCACUGCUUUGUUUUGAUGUGCACAUGCAACACUAUCUACAACAGCUAUAAGAAAAAAAGAAGCUACUACAACGACACAGACGUUUGCAUUAUUUUACAACUGAGUCUUUAUAGAUUGGAGUUGGGGAUUUAGAGUCAUGUGAAACACAAACAUUUCAGAUGUCAGUAUCUAUAGCAUCUGUAUCUGUACUGUGCAUUAAUAAAAAUACAUCCAAACAAA